CUGAAGGGAGUUCACUCAUCAGCGUACACACAUCAUCAUCCAGAGCAGCAAGUUAAUUAAAGGGAGUGAAAGCAGGAUGGUGAAACUCACAUUCGGAAGCUGCGGCGACUCCUUCAGCGCCACGUCCAUCAAGGCCUAUGUGUCCGAGUUCAUCGCCACCCUCCUCUUUGUGUUCGCUGGCGUCGGGUCCGCCAUCGCCUACGGCAAACUGACCAGUGAUGGCGCUCUGGACCCGGCUGGUCUCGUGGCCAUCGCGAUCGCCCACGCCUUCGCCCUCUUCGUCGGCGUCGCGGUCGCCGCAAACAUCUCCGGCGGGCACCUCAACCCCGCCGUGACCUUCGGCCUUGCCGUCGGCGGCAACAUCACCAUCCUCACCGGGAUCUUCUACUGGGUCGCCCAGCUGCUCGGCUCCACCGCUGCCUGCUUCCUGCUCAAGUUCGUCACCCACGGGAAGGCCAUCCCGACGCACGCCGUCGCCGCCGGCAUGAACGAGUUCGAGGGCGUGGUGAUGGAGAUCAUCAUCACCUUCGCGCUGGUCUACACGGUGUACGCCACGGCCGCCGAUCCCAAGAAGGGCUCCCUCGGCACCAUCGCCCCCAUCGCCAUCGGCUUCAUCGUCGGCGCUAACAUCCUCGCCGCCGGCCCCUUCAGCGGCGGCUCCAUGAACCCUGCCCGCUCCUUCGGCCCAGCCGUCGCCGCCGGCGACUUCGCUGGAAACUGGGUCUACUGGGUCGGUCCUCUCAUCGGUGGCGGCCUCGCCGGGCUCGUCUACGGCGACGUCUUCAUCGCAUCCUACCAGCCGGUCGCCGAACACGACUACGCAUAAGGUCAAAGUGUCGAACGCUCCGUCUAGCCGUUCCAGUCAGAUGCGCGUCGUUAAGUUGCUUGCUCUUCGUCCUGUGAUGAUGCAUGAUGUGAUCAACGUUGUGUACGAAUGUUGUCUCACGGUCAAGGCACUUGUGUUUCCAUUUUGAUUCAAUCUACUAUGUAAAAUGAUCUAUUAUCCUCGUUUGGAAAAGAAAAUAGUUCCAUGAAAGAA